UGCUAACUCCAAACCUAACACUAAUGUUAGCCUCAACCCCAACCCUAACCUCAACCCUAACCCUAACCCUAAUCCUAACCUCAUCCCUAGCCCUAAUGCUGACUCUAACAUUAACCCUGACCCUUAUGUUAAUGCAGACCAUAACACCAGCUGCACCAGGCUGCAGCAGCACCCUGGGGCUCCCCUCUGAACUCCAGCCAGGGCUGAGCUCACCCCAGCAAAGCUAUGCCGAGUCCAGUGAGUCCACAGCAUUAUUGGGCUACCCUUCUCAAUAGCCCCAGCCCCAGCAGUGAGCAGAACCCCUGCACAGACCCUAAAGUCAUCUUUUCUCCUAGGAGAAUUUCCCAGGCUUAGCUAGUGCACGGGAUUAGCCUCAUCCUGCAUCACUGCGUGCUGGGGAGCCUCACAGGACUGGCCGUGUGUUGAUCCCAGCACCGCUGGUACCACCGUAAGUGCCGUGACAGCCACCGCCUGGCCCCGAUAUCUGCUGGCCCUGGGACAUGAAAGGCCCCAAAGCCUCUGAUGUGCAGAGAGGGAAAGGAACGGAAGGGAAGGGAGAGGCUAGAGCCAGUGCCAAGGGGAAACUUUCCUACUGCUCGGCCUCAGGCAGGGGAAAAACCAACAAACACAUGGGCACGGGCUGCGGAUAAAUCCCAGCGAGUGCAGGAACGCGGCUGCGAGCAGAAACGGACCGUCAGCGUCUUGCCCCUGUAGUCAGCCCGGCGUGAUGCUCCUCAUCCCACUGCCAGCCUGGCUGGCCCUGGGCAUCCUGCAGCUGCCCCUUGGCAGCUCCCAGGAAUGCCUGAACUGGCAGCAGGCGCUCAGCGUGGUGCGGCAGAUGCAGAAGCUGCUGGUGGCACAGGAGGCUGCCCACCUGCAGGGCACACGUGGGCUCCGGCACCAGCUUUCCAUCCUCCAGAGCCGCCUCCAGAGACCGGCCACCAAACACAACGAGGUCUGUCCACAGCUGGCAGUGCCCCUGCAUGGACGGAUGCUGGGCCGGAGCCUGCGGGUGGGCCACGAGGUUCACUUCGUCUGCGACGCCGGCUUCCGGCUGGUGGGCUCGGAGACACGCGCCUGCCGCCACAACCGCACGUGGAGCGGCACCCAGCCCUUCUGCAGAAGUAUUGAUGACUGCUCCAGUAACCCGUGUGCCAACAGCGGGACCUGCGUGGAUGGCAACCAGAGCUACACGUGCCUCUGCCCCCCAGGCUGGUCAGGCCCCAGCUGCCAGAGCCCCAUCUACUCCUACUGGGUGACACUGAGCAACACCUCCUUCAGCCGCCAGCCCCGCUGUGCUGAGGGCCGCUCGGGCUCCCGGCGCUGCAGCUGUGACACCGGCUUCCAGCUGCAGCCUGGUGGCGUGUGCCAAGAUGUGGACGAAUGCCAGCUCUACCAGUCCAGCCCCCAGACGCAGAUUUGCCUCCAUGACUGCCUCAACCUCCCUGGCUCCUAUCGCUGCCUCUGUCCCCCUGGGUAUCUGCUCCAUGCUGACCGCAACGCCUGUGAGGACGUGAAUGAGUGUGCUGGGAAGCAGCACAACUGCAGCCAGGGUGACCUCUGCAUCAACACCUUCGGGGGCCACCGCUGUGUGCGCCCCAAGUGCCCCCCACCGCGCCACAACACCAGCUAUGUCAAGACCUCUGCCUUCCAGUGCGAGAGGAACCCCUGCCCCAUGGACAGCCGAGCCUGCCACCUGGCUGCCAGCUCCAUCUCCUUCCACUACCUGCCGCUCCAGGCCAACCGCACUGUGCCCCGCGUCCUCUUCAAGAUGUCCACCACCCGCUUCGUGGGUGACAGCCUGCGCUUCGCCAUCACGGGUGGCCGGGGCCAGGGCGUCUUCGCCGUGCGCCGCUCCGACCGGCAGACGGGAGAGCUGCUGCUCACCAGCCCCGUGGCAGGGCCAGCCACGCUGGAGGUGGAGCUGGAGAUGAGCGAGUUCUCCCAAAAAAUCCUCCUGGGCAAGCACAUCUUCAAGGUCACAGUCUUUGUGUCCCCGUAUGUGUUUUGAUUCCCUUUGGAGGCAAGUGUGGGGCUGUGCCAGGGCCUCUCCUGGGGAGCAAUGGAGCAGGUUCAGCUCAGUUUUUGUCCCAUUGGAGAUAUUUCUCUCCCAUAAUGCUUUCUCAUAGCCACCACAGCAGGAACCGUGUCCCUACAGGAAAAGCCCCUUGGCUAAUGGGAGGACCAGCCUGGAGAUGCCUGCCUCUGCCAGCCCCCUUCCUCUCUGCCCACAUGGCACAUGGAGGGGAAAGACAGAGUGAGCCAACAGCA